UUUUUUCUUUGUUUUCUUCAUCCUCUGGUUUGUUUUCGUUGUUUUCGUUGUUUUCGUUGUUUUCGUUGUUUUCCUGGUUGCCUUGGAGGUAGGAGUCGACGUCAUAGAGGCGCUGUCCGGCGGCGUUUCGGUAGUGGGGGAUUUUGCCCUUGUUGGCAUAGGACCUCAGGGUAUUGGGGUGCAGCCCGAGGAUUGCGGCUGCCUUCCGGCUUG